AUGCGCCGCCAACCCUCCACACCUAUUCCACCCGCCACCCCGAGACCCCUCCCCCACGCCUCCCAACGCCCACCACCCCCCCUACAACGCCCCUCCGCCUGCCUGACAGCAAAGAGCAGCCGCACCCCGUCACCCGGCACGGGACCACCCCCCAGUCCUUGUCGAACCGCCCGAGCAACCAUGCCCACCCACCGCGCCCGCUUCAACCUCCACAUGCCGUCACCGCCACCUCAGCCGCCCCCACGCCGCUCCCCGCCCCACAGCGCCUCGAUCGCACCGACCACUUGGCCCCCUCAAACCCUACUGGCUGCACCCACACACCAGUCGCCCCCGGCAACGGCCCGCCCGGCCGCCGUCCCCGCCACCCCGACGGAGCCCGCCGUCUCACUGCCCCCCGACCCACGCACGGCCCCACCCCCUCGCGCCGCGCCACAGUCCAACCCCCCGCCGCCCCCACACCCGACUCCCACCCCGAUGCGCGAACCCCCCCCCCAAGACCGUCUGGACGAUGCGCCACCCCAGGCCCGCGAAAGGCCCCCCCUCACACACCGCAUCUCCGUUUCCUGGCCUAUGCCCCGGAGCUUGCUGACCCCCCGGGGGAGUCAACCCUUGCGCGAGACCCUGAGCCGGGCCUGA